AACUUUGAGCUGUCUGUCUAAAAAUUAGGACACUUUGGUAACACUGAAUACCUUGUGAUGAUCCGGCCUCUCUUCUCCUGUCUUUCUCCAACCCCUCCUCUACAUAAAAAGAGGUGGGGUCGGAGGGGCCGGGAUCAACUCUCCAGACUCUUGAGACUGUUCUCUCAGCCUCAGGAGUCAGAAGAAGACGACCAGAACAAGCCACAUCUGUCCCUGCUCACUGAGAGGACUGCCCGCUCUGGAGAUGACUGUACUGGCACCGAUGUGGCUGCCAUCCUGUGAUUCAGGAAUCUAAGGGGCCUGAAAGCUACUGAGGAACUUUGAAAUUAUUGGGUCUAACCAUCACACAAUUCCUGCAUUCCUUUGGGGAAAGGAGCAACAAAGAGGAUCAGCAGUGUUGGAUUAAGCCAAAAAUCAAAGAUAAGAAUGAAGACUCAUCUCCUGUGCUUGGAGUUACUUCUUUUGGUGACUCAUUUAUUUGUGGUCAGUGGACAACUGGAGCCAAAGAAGAAAAACGUCCAGUCCGUUCUGGCUGUCACCCAGAGACUUGGGCUGGUGGAGAGGGACGUUCAGGGCCCGGUGAGGCCUAACAUGUCAUUGCCCCGCCGCAGCCAACCUCCCAUGUGCACUGGACCCACCGAAAUCCGGGAUACCUUCAAGUACAUCAAUACAGUGGUGUCCUGCCUAGUUUUUAUCAUCGGGAUCAUUGGAAAUUCCACCCUAUUAAGGAUCAUUUACAAGAAUAAAUGCAUGCGGAAUGGGCCCAACAUACUGAUAGGAAGCUUAGCACUUGGAGACCUGCUGCAUAUAAUCAUCGGUAUCCCCAUCAAUGUGUACAAGCUCCUGGCAGAAGAUUGGCCGUUUGGAGUGAAUCUGUGCAAACUAGUGCCGUUUGUCCAGAAGGCUUCAGUGGGGAUUACUGUGUUGAGUCUGUGUGCUUUAAGUAUCGACAGGUAUCGGGCUGUGGCAUCUUGGAAUCGAAUCAAAGGGAUUGGAGUCCCAAAAUGGAUGGCUAUUGAAAUAGCACUUAUUUGGAUACUAUCCAUCAUCCUGGCAGUGCCUGAAGCAAUAGCCUUUGACAUGAUCACCAUGUACUACAAAGGAGAACACUUGAGAAUCUGUUUGCUGCAUCCUAUGCAGAAAACAGAAUUUAUGAUGUUUUAUAAAUCAGCAAAGGACUGGUGGCUGUUUGGUGCAUAUUUCUGCUUGCCGUUGGCCUGCACUGCCAUUUUCUACACCCUGAUGACCUGUGAGAUGCUAAGGAAGAAGAAUGGUGUCCAGAUUGCGCUCAGUGACCACCUCAAACAGCGGAGGGAGGUGGCUAAGACAGUGUUUUGCCUGGUUCUGGUCUUCGCUCUGUGCUGGCUUCCCCUUCACCUGAGUCGAAUUCUGAAGAUCACCAUUUAUAAUGAAGAAGAUCCAAAUCGCUGCGAGUUGCUCAGUUUCUUUUUGGUGUUGGACUACAUCGGCAUCAACAUGGCAUCCAUCAACUCCUGCAUCAACCCUAUCGCCCUUUACAUGGUCAGCAAACGCUUCAAGACCUGUUUUAGGUCGUGUCUGUGCUGCUGGUGCCUUCCUCCAGAGAUGUUAAUGGAUGAAAAGCAGUCGUGUAUGAAGCUUAAAGUAUCAGAGCAAGCCUCCGACCAGAGCAACUCCCGCAUGACCAACAAGUCCACCACAGCCUGAGGAGGUACCAAAAACUGAGGAGAAAAACUGGAUGUAUGACCGAAAAGGCAUGAAACCCGAUUCUGUGGCAUCGCACGAACCAUUGGGAUGUCCUUUCUGGAUAUUAGUUCCCUCCGAAAAGUUGAUUUGAAAGCCUCUCAUUAUGCUAUGUUUUAGGGCAAGUUUGGGCAAAAACAACCUCACAUGAACAACUCAUGACAUGUUUCACAACGCCAACACUCACUGAACAAAAUUAUAGCUAAAUGCAACGCCUUCAUUCUAGCUAGGAAUGACAGCAGCAAGCAGAUGCUGCUCGUCAAAUUCACGUUUUCAUAAGAAACUUUGUUUUAAUAAAAUAUAUUAACCACGGUAAUUAAAGUAGAACCUGAACACUGCUGAGAAAUGUCUUAGAGAGGAUGGGUUGUAAUCUACAACCCCACAUUUGGCAUCCAGUCAUCAUCACAAACAGUUUACGUCAAUCGUCAAUGGCGGACAGAUGGGUACUUUCUCACUGGGUUGCUUUACCUGAACCACUGCUGGUUUUGAAGAUGGUCUGCUGAUGGUUUGGUGAGUAUCACGGCUCAUCUGAACUCAGAUACAGAACAAACAAGCAAACCUUGGUCUGCCGUAAAACUGAGCACUGUGGUGUGAAUUUAGACAGAGAAACUGACAAUCAAAGAUGGUGUAAACCAAAGAGACUAAAUAUACAAGUAUUCUGCAUUUUGAAUUAAAAUAAAAUAACUAAAAGUACAAUCCCAUGGAAGCAAGGAUCAUUAAAGGUUGAUAAAUGACUUGUCUUUCAGCCUGAUAGCAAAGGGGUAAAGAUUUUGCAAAUAUGACAGAAGACUAGCAAGACUGGCUAGUUUUGCUCUUCAGGCUCCUUUCAAUGCUCCAUUCAGACAAUACAUCCAUUGAACAAGCUGCUGUUGCUACUGCUUGAUGUUUUCUAGAGGUUUGGACCUCCCUAUUGUGAUAAGAUGACAGUACCAACGGUUUUGGAAUCCUCCCCUUAUUUAAAACCAAGUCUAAAUUCAAGUCAAGAUUUUCUGAGAUUGGAGCUGCUGUUAUUUUAACCCUUGAACUGCCCAAUCAAGACAAAAUUGGUUAAAAAAUGUCUGCUUCUUCUUGCCUUGGGGGAUGAAUACAUGCAAGCACUAUUACAAAUGUGUUUUCUAAAUGUGCUCUAAUGUUUGGUUGACCAGGCAGUUAAAGGGUUGAGUUGAUCGUAAACUUUGUCUUAGUACUCAAGAGUUAGUGACUCCUUGCAGUGUUUUAAGAUUUUCUCCAAAUUUCUGACUUAAGCUGAAGAAAAAUGUUUUAAUCAGCUUUGAUGGUAUCAAUCUGAUCUUCUUGACCUGAUGGCUCAGUCUCAACUUUGGGUAAUUUAUGCAUAAAAGCUCUCAAGCAAACCAACAACAAAAUAAAUAAAAAGAGGGAAAUGAUAUAGUGGACUAAAAGAGACUAAAUAAAACAACAGUGGAUCUGAAUCUGUGAUACAUGAGAUUCACUUAUAACUCAGUGUAAUGCUUUUUGCUGUUCAUCUGACGCCACUAGUCUUAAGACUGUUGAUGUAUAAAACCUUUUUAAAAUGUUGACUUUGCUAUUUUAUGAAUACACAGAAACAAAAGCCCUGAUUCAUUUAAACCACUGUGACAUUCGCAAAAACUGAAAAACAAACUUGUAAAAAUGACACUAAACAUCAAAAGUGGGUGGCGACAAAGGUCAGAAUUGUUGUGUAAAGACGAGGUUAGGGGUCAAUAAGCAAAAGAUAGAUCGUCAAAUUCGACAAUGAAUGCUAGCAGGGGCCAAUGAUUUUUUCCUUUAACCUUUUUUGUGGUGUGGAGAAUGUUAAAGCGUGACGCUGUGUGGCAAGUUGCCAGUACUGACUGGAGCCUCUCCAAACGGUUCUCUUGUUCGGUUAUUGUAUAUGAACUGUUUGUUAUGCAUUUUGAGCAAUUGUACAUACUGCUUUUACGUACAGCUACAAAUAUGCUCAAAAUCCUGUUUUUUUUUAUGUUUGUUUGUUUUUUAUUCCUGAACUACUGAUGUUUAAUUUUUUUGUUAAACUGUGCAUUUAUAGGCCUGCUCCUUAGGCUUUAACUGAUGAUUAACUCUGUUCCCUCCUUUUUAUCUUAACCUGACUCAAUACCUUGGUUGGUAGGCAAUGUUGUAGGUUUUUAAUCAAGAAAAUGAAUAAAACCAUAAACAGCAA